AUGUUCGAGAGCCCUGAAUCAAUCUCUACCCUUGCAACUCCACAACAUAUAUCCAUGCACGAAAGAUUCAAUAGAUUCCUCCAAAUGAGGAUGAUAAAUCGAAAGGUGAACGGAGGACCUGUCAAUCCUUUCGAUUUAUCAGAUUUGGAUCCCAAUGCUUCCAAGUCAUAUGCCUACACACAAAUCAUUGAUCCAAAUGCAAAAGGAUAUGUCGACUGUGCCUGUACAGGCAAGCAAUGUGCCACCGACUAUUGUCGUUGUCAUUAUGGGAACAAGGGAUGUAACAAGACUUGCAAGUGCAAAUGCUUUAAAGUCAACGAUCUGGGUCAACAAUGGGAAAUGUUAGAUAAUGAUAAUUUUGAUAAACUAAGAAGUCGUAUCUCGUACAAAACGGACGAAAACAACAAGGCCUUUGCAAAAAAUGUUCCACAAAACGCCACACCCCAAGAUGUUAUCAGUCUCAUCCUCAGCCCCAGCUUAAUCCGUUAUAUUCAAGAAGAAUCAACACUAUAUAUGAUAUAUAGGGUUGAGUAUAAAACAGAUUACGCAUUCUUAUCAAGUUAUUAUACAAAUUUACGUAAAGGAACAGGAGGAGGAGGAGGGGGUACUUCAACUCAAAACAAACGUAAACAGAAGAAGAUUAAAAAAAAUCAACAAGUUGUGGAACCAAUUAGUGCAGAAGGGCCUAUUGAUAUCAGUUGGUUUCAAGGCACCCCAAUUGCUCAUGCGACAAAUAUCUCAACAACAAAUCCUUCAUCUACUCCUUCAACCUCUUCCUCCACCCCAGAAGAAGAAGAAGAAGAAGUAGAAGUAGAAGCUGAAGAAGGAGAAGAGGAAGCUACAAAAACUUUCAAUCAAAUGACCAGUAGAGAAAGAAAAAAUGAAUAUAAAAGGAUAUCAGAUUCGAUGCCAACAUUUGAAGAUAGGAAAAAAGGUUUCUUUGUGUGUCCAUUUGAAGUUGCUCACACCAAUGAAGCAAGAGCAGAAUACAUUCGUCGUAUUGGAGCACAUGCUAUUGCCAAACCAUUCACAUUUCAAGAGAUAGAAUCUUUUAUAUAUAUGGGGUUUUUUAUGGGAAUAAUCAAACUUCCUAGAGUAUUCCAACAUUGGUCCACAACUAACAUGAAUAUGCCAACUCCCAUCUCAGACAAGAUGACAAGAAAUAGAUUUCAAGACAUUCUCAAGUACCUUCGUUUUGAUGAGGAAACUCUAGUAUCAAUGAUAGAGGACAAUUCGAAUAGAUACUACUCUCCCUCUCUGCGUCUCUCUGUGGACGAGUUCAUGGCUCCCUUUAAAGGAUUGGUCAGAUUCAGACAAUAUGAACCGGACAAACCCCAUAAGUUUGGACUCAAAUACUUUGUCCUAUCUGAUAACAAUGGAUUUAUCUUGACUCAAUGGCUUUAUAAAGGGUCAAGUGAAGAGACCACAAAGACUGCAAAGCUUGAUCAACCUGAUCUAUCUUUUAAGGGAAACAGUCCAUUACGAAUUCCUCUUGAAUUUGCACAAUGGGUAAAGGAAAACGUUGCCAAUGAAUCCAGACCACUUGAAAACUAUCUAUUUGCAAUGGAUAACUUCUAUACAUCAUUAGAAGUUGCCACUAGACUAUCCGACUUUAGAUCCAACUAUGGAGACGAAGUAGAUGAAGAAGAUUUGGAUAGUGGUGGUGUUGGUAGCAGUAGCAGUAGUUUGACACAUGACAAAGUACACUUUGUUAUGACGGUCAGAUUAGAUAGGGCCAUGAUCAAUGCCUACUGUAUUUACAAGGCCCUUACAACCGAAAUACGACUCCAGUUUUCAGAAUUUGUAUCACAUGUUGUCCAAACCAAACUCAAUCUACCUCUACCCGCAACUAGCAGGAAGAGGAAACCCAUCCCCGAUCAACAACAAGAACUAUCAUCUAUCGUGGUUGAAGGAAGAAUCGGCGGCGACGAGGGCGAACAAGAAAGACUACCUCCAAUCAUGGAGUUACUCCCACAAGAUCCAUCAGACAAUCACAGAGUGGAUCAUAUACUUUGUACAAGUGAUUCCCGUUCUAAAUGCUUUUGGUGUGAAGCAAAUCAACCAGUGAAUAAUGGACCAAAGAAACGCGGUCGUGCUCCCACCUAUAAAACAAAAACAAGAGUAAAAACUAUGUGUAAUUCCUGUGGUGUUCAUAUGCACACUCAUUGUUAUGUAGAUUCACACCUGAGUCUAACACAAAAUGCAGCAGAGAAUGAAACAAAACAAAUGAUCAAAGAUUAUGGUAUUCAGUUAAAACCCUAUGGCUCAGGUGCAACUCUUCACUUUAUGAUGCCAAAGGAUGACUUGUUAAAUUUAUUUAAAACUAGAACGUUUAUAUCAGAUAUUGACGAGUUUGUUGAUGAUGAUGAUGCCGAUAAUGAUGUUGAUCGACUUAAUAAUCCAAACUACGAUAAAAUCACCUUGGAGAAUAUUGCAUUGAAGAAACGUGUUGCCGAGUUGGAAAAAGUUUUAAAGACCCGACCAACUAUUGAGGUUGAUGAUGAUAUUGUAGAUGUCUCGUUUGAUGAUACAGUGGACAAUGAUGAAGAUGAUUUCGAUAUUGAUGAUUUAUCUUUUGACGAUUCAAGUGAUGAUGACAGUCAUAUCUUUCAAACCAUCUCUUCAUUUAAAUCUAAAAAUAAAAAGUAA